CACUCGCAAAUUUGACACAACAAUUUUUCAAAAUGAAGUGCAUAUUUGCUGUUCUUUGCUUGGUGGCUGCGGCCUCAGCCAAUGAAAUCACCACUACAGCAUUCAACUACCAUGAACAGAUCGGUAUCCAUGAAGCUGCAAGGAUCAAGCAAGCCGAAGCAGCAAUGGACUUCGACGGCUCAAGAAUUGUUGGUGGUUCGCCAUCAGCUGUUGGAAACCAUCCCCACGUUGCAGGUCUGGUUAUCACUCUGACUAGUGGUUGGCAAUCAGUCUGCACUGCAUCACUGUUGACCAACAACAGAAUAGUGACGGCAGCUCACUGCUGGUGGGACGGUCGCAACCAGGCUCGCCAGUUUGUCGUGGUCCUGGGUGUGGCCACCCUCUUUACCGGAGGAGUUCGAAUCACCACAAACAAUGUCAGAAUGCAUCAGUCUUGGAACCCUUCUAAUGCCAAUAACGAUGUGGCUGUCGCUGUUAUUAACUGGGUGGGAUACACAAAUGUAAUUCAGGCUAUUGCCUUAGCUUCGGGAAACCAAGACUACGUCGGAACCUGGGCAACAGCUGCCGGUUAUGGAAGAACUAGUGACAGCCAAAGUGGAAUCCCAGCUAAUCAAGUGAGGCAUCAAGUGAACCUGCGAGUGAUCACCAACGUCGAGUGUCGGAACACAUUCGGCUCAUCGAUCGUCGUUGCGUCAACUCUUUGCACAAGUGGUCAAGGUGGUGUCGGCACAUGUGGCGGAGACUCUGGUGGUCCCCUCGCUAUUGGAAGCGGAAACUCUAGGACUUUGAUUGGUAUCUGCUCUUUCGGCUCACCUCGUGGUUGCCAAGUUGGUCUGCCUGCCGGAUUCGCCAGGGUGACAUCUUUCAACUCAUGGAUCCGUGGCAAUCUAUAAACCUUUUUUCAAUUAAAUGAAUAACAUUAUGUAAUAAAAUUGCAUGUUUAAAAAUCUUAA